CUCUGGUAUAAAUAGCCAACCAACACGAUUUCUCCUACUAACACUCAAGCCUUUUGCUCUGAUCAGGCCAGCUACCCCGAUAUCUUCUACUACUUGUUUCUUAGUAACGACACAAGAACGUAAUGGCAAUUAAAGCAAUGCAAGAUUUUGUAUUUGUUCAGCUGUAUCUUGUAUUGAGCUUUCUUCUCCAUGGCAUUUAUGGAGAUUAUGGUGGAUGGCAGGUUGGUCAUGCCACAUUCUACGGCGGUAGCGACGCGUCUGGCACAAUGGGGGGUGCUUGUGGAUAUGGAAACCUGUAUAGCCAAGGGUACGGGACAAGCACUGCAGCUCUAAGCACUGCCCUUUUCAAUAAUGGCUUGAGCUGUGGUGCAUGCUUCCAGAUACGCUGCAACAAUGAUCCUAAAUGGUGCCAUUCCGGUACCAUUACUGUGACAGCCACCAACUUUUGCCCUCCUAAUUAUGCGUUGUCUAAUGACAAUGGUGGCUGGUGCAAUCCCCCUCUCAAACAUUUUGAUUUGGCACAGCCUGCUUUCUUGCAAAUUGCACAAUAUCGAGCUGGAAUUGUUCCUGUACUCUUCAGAAGGGUCCCAUGUGUGAAGAAAGGAGGCAUAAGGUUCACCAUUAAUGGUCAUUCUUACUUCAACUUGGUCUUGAUAACCAAUGUUGCAGGUGCAGGGGAUGUUCAUGCUGUGUCUAUCAAAGGAUCUAGGACUGGUUGGCAAACCAUGUCAAGAAAUUGGGGCCAAAAUUGGCAGAGCAACUCAUAUCUCAAUGGCCAAAGACUCUCCUUCAGAGUCACAACCAGCGAUGGCAAGACAGUUACCUGGUACAAUGUUGUGCCUGCAAAUUGGCAAUUUGGACAAACUUUUGCGGGAGGGCAACUCUAGUAAAGCUAAAUUAAUGUCCCUGGAGAUUUGUUUCAAGUUGGAAAAAAUCUGUAGUUAUAUAUAUGUGUGUGUGGCCGGUUAUGCUGAGGUAGCCGCCCAAGGCACCGAGGCUUUCAAGUGCUAGUAUGUUUGUUUAGUUCCCAACUUUGUCAGCAACAAAUGGCAUGGGAUGGAAUAAGAGCACCUUUUCUACCCUAAA